UGCACUAAUAAAUAAUUAAAAAAAAAACGGUUUGGCAAACAAAAUGACAGGAAUUCUGAUCUGUCAGAUUUGAACAUUUUGGACUAUGGAUAUUCCUCACGUAAAAUUACGCUACGGAUCUUACGAGUACAAUGGAAUCAUCAGACAUAGGCCACAUCAUUUGAUCGGCGUCAUUCGGUGUUUAACGAAUCUUGGUUUUGAAAUCGAAAUCGUCCCAUCAAUUCACAGAAACAGGUUAGUUGUGGAAAUAUUGGGACGUACAGUUUUUCAAUGUAAUCAAUUGAACCUGCCAUUCAAUAUGGAAUGUGAUGAUACAGUUUCCAGAAGAGUGAUUGAUGUGAUUCGAGAAGCUUCACGACGAAUGUACUCGUAUGGUAAUGUUCCGAAAUUCACGCCAAGAUCACGAGGAAUGAGAGCUUUACAAGAAGCUGCCGAUGCGCAAGACACUGGAGAUCACUUUGAUGAUGAUACCUUGAUGUACGUUAUUCCACGACCUAUUGAUCCAAGGGAGGAGUUUGCCAAGUACUCUUUUCCAUAUACACAUUUAGCAUAGGCAUCGAUCAAUAAAC